AUGGCACGGGUGGACAGAAAACUGGAGGGCUGGAAGGAGCAGUUAAUUUCGAAGGCGGGGAAAGAAGUACUAAUAAAAAUGGUUGUUCAGGCUCUUCCCCAAUAUGCCAUGAAUAUAUUCAAAAUACCCCUGUCCAUUUGUCGAGCGAUUGAAAGGAAAAUUUCAGAUUUCUGGUGGAGGAAGAAUGCAGUACAAAGAGGUAUUCACUGGAAGAGUUUGGAUGUCUUAAAGAGGAGAAAGGACCAAGGUGGAUUGGGAUUUAGAGAUUUAAUGGAACUUAACAAGGCAAUGCUGGGGAAACAAGCCCUCGGAGACUCCAUCAAAAUCCGUGAGGCCUUAUGGAGCAGAAUGUUUAAAGGACUCUACUUCCCUAAUGGUAGCCUAUGGACUGCUACUAAGGGCGCUAGACCAUAA